CAACAGCCUCAUCCACGGAUCAGAAAUGCAAUCCCUGAGAUACGAUCAUUAACUUUGUGCCGCAUCCAAUUUUUUCUCCUUCGAGACAGUGAAUGACUGUUGCUCUGCUCUUUUACUAAGAGAAAAUGGCUUCCACUGCCUGUUUCUUGCACCCCAGUGCACUUACCGCUGGCUCUACAUCGGCUCGGGCCUCGUCCCGGCGCUACGUGCCCGGCUUCCUGGUGGUGUGCAGGGCCCAGAAGCCCGCAACUGUCUACGAGGAGAGCGGUGCUGCCAUCUCCCGCAGGUUAGCCCUCACAGUUCUCAUCGGUGCUGCUGCUGUUGGCUCCAGGGUCUCGCCCGCAGAUGCUGCCUACGGCGAAGCCGGUAUUCACAUGUCCCUGCCGAAGACGAACACGGACUUCCUUCCCUACGCUGGGGACGGCUUCAAGCUCUCAAUUCCAUCGAAAUGGAACCCAAGCAAAGAGGUGGAGUACCCGGGCCAAGUCCUGAGGUAUGAGGACAACUUCGAUGCCACGAGCAACGUGACGGUCAUGGUCACCCCGACCAACUUGAAGUCCAUCACCGACUUUGGCUCCCCCGAGGAUUUCCUGUCCGAGGUGGACUACUUGCUUGGGAAGCAAGCUUACUUUGGCAAAACUGAUGCUGAGGGUGGAUUCGAUUCGGAUGCAGUGGCAACAGCAAACAUCCUGGAAACCUCGAAUGCGGUCGUGGGAGGGACGCCCUACUACUUCCUGUCGGUGCUGACGAGGACCGCCGAAGGAGAUGAAGGCGGGAAGCACCAGUUGAUCACGGCCACCGUGAAGGAUGGCAAGCUCUACAUCUGCAAGGCCCAGGCUGGGGACAAGAGAUGGUUCAAGGGCGCCUGGAGGUUUGUGGAGAGCACCGCUGGCUCUUUUAGUGUCGCCUGAGAGUACUCCCCGGCUCUUACGGGCUUUGGAUCGUAUCAUGCGUAAAUCGAACUCAGAAAUGAUAUAAUUUGCUUCUUUUUCUCCAGAAUCUUUCCUAGUACUCCAGAUUUGAGGUAUGUAAAAUGAAUGACUCGUUAAUCCGAAACAAAGAAUUGCAAUUCAUUCCCCGGUUAGUUAUUAA